AUGGGUGUGUGGGCUCACGUUGACAUCGCGAUUACGUGUACUGAGUUACACGGCGUUGCACUGCAGGACUCGACGUGGUACCGACUAGGUUUCAGGGUCUACAAACAGCACAUCGCCGCGCUCUUGGUUAACCCGAGUGCUCCCGCCCUGGGUCCGACAUCGUUGCCAGCAGACCUUCCGGAAUGCCUUGUACCCCUAAUCGCAGUGGCGGCGGACGACGACGCUUACGUAACGCGUCCGUUUUUCGUCAAAAGUAGGCACCACAGGGUUACGGUCAACGAGGUUGCACGGUUCCGGGCGGAAUUGCCGGCUAUACCGUCGGUGCUGGCGUCAUCCGCUCUGUAUGUGGAAGCCACGCUCGUCAGCUUCCCAGUCACCGAAAAUGGCGCAAUUGUGAGCAAGGAGACGGGAGGCAACAACGGUUUGCCGACUGUCGUUGACGCCAAGGCAUUCAGGGUCGGGAACUUGGCCCAGGCGGCAAGGGAGUACUACCCGUGCAACUUCGACGGAGAACACCUGAACGCAGUUGCGCACCUUACGGUGCGUACUGCCGUUACGAAGUUGGGCAUCGCUGCGCCCCUGUCGCUGCCGCUCUCCACGGAGCCUUGCCAGCACUACCUCGAAUGGCGCCAUAUGCUGAAGAAGUCUGGCAACAAGCUGGUCAAAAAGUGGUUUAUGCAGUCAAAUAAGCACGAGGAGGCGUUUUACGACUCCCCAAAGCCCGCAACCGGAGGAAGAAGGUGGCUACUGCAUCACAGCAGUGCCACCGACUUCAGGGAGCCCAACGUGACUGCCAAAAAGGCAGAACUAGCUAUCAAUACAUUUAUCGCACAGGUGGUGGCCGGAGAUCAUGGCUGCGGAGCUGCGUUCGGUCUCGAGUGGGAGCCUGAGGCCCCCUUGGCCGAAAGUGCCGACGCUAAGUCAGGCGACCCGGCGCCCUACGAUGACGCCACCUUCUCGAUGGGCGCUAGGAUGCUCAUCUACAUUUAUGCCAAGAUUUUGGCGGACACUGCAGUAGCUCUCGACAGAGCGCUGCCAGUACGGCACCCAGAAGGUGCGCUGGAGGCCGCCAGCAGCAGCGCGAAUGCUGCAAACCCAGACAACAGCGCAACAAACGAAAACAGUUUCGCUAACACCAACGCCCAUAUUGAGCGCAACUGUGCUCACAACACCACAAUCCUAGGAUAUCCUGGUUCAGAUGGUGCUGUCGUAUCGUUCACGGACGGGGAGGUGAAGCAAGAGGAUGGGGCUCUCCGUAAUACACAUGAAACGCCAAAUGCAGCAGGUGCACUAUUUCAGCCGAGGUCUGCCUCAACGCUGCACGUGGCCAUCUGCCAACGCCUGAACCGUAUCGCCGACCUGUUGGGCAUCCGGAAAUGCGGGGAGAAGAAGCUUUCAAUCACCGUUCGGCACGGUGUUACUGUGGUUUUGGACGACGUUGAGGGGUACUCGGUUCCUCAAGCCGCAACCGGUACCGCGUUGGCGCACACUAUGAGCAAGAUGUUCUUCGGACUCUGUACAUGGAUCUGCCUAACGUGGGACCGUGUGGUUGCAGAUGUGCAGUGUGAUGCCCAAGAUAGACGCAGAUACGUCGAUGCGUAUGUGAAAGAGCAGCUCAGGGUCUUUAAGCGGAUGGGCGACCCCGCGCUUGACCAGACCGCAUUGGUGGCCUUGCUACGGUCAAUGAGGAUCACUGAUGAACAUCACUUCUUCAUUGCCGACAACUUUCCAUUUAUGCGGCACACCCCAGUGCCACCGCGAAAUGCCGAGGCGGCAGCGGAGCCUGCCAACCACGCCGGUGUGCACCUAGUGGUGCUGGUGCACGGCUACAACGGCUACCCGGUAACCAUGCGUUUCGUGCGCAACACACUCCUCGCGUUCACGAGCAACACUGAGGUGAUUGUGUCGCGCUUCCUCUACGAGAACCCGGAGAGCUCAAUUGAGCACAAGGCGUCACUUCUGGCACAGGAAAUAGAUAUACACGUGCGGAGGAAUGCUCUCACUCGCAAGCUAGGCCGCCUCUCGUUCGUCACGCAUUCGAUGGGCGGACUGGUGGUGCGUGCCGCGUUGCGCCACCUGGGACCGUAUCGCGAAAAGGUCCAUGCACUGGUGACUCUCGCGUGUCCGCACAUCGGUGUGCCGCGUAUGCCGUCGAAGCUGCUGGAAAAGGGCUGUUGCCUCCUUGCGUCCUACAUGCGGUCGGCAUGCCUCAACCAGCUGCUGCUGACCGACGGGCCCAGCCGUGAUACGUGCUACCUGUACGAGCUGUCCGGCGACGAUGGCGUGCGCCUCUUCCGGAAGGUGAAGCUGGUGGGCAUACUGCAGGAUCACGUCUCCCUGGCAUACUCCUGCCUGCUGGAGCCGUCGCUCGCCAACACCAGAAGCGCCACCGUUGAGUCGAUGUGCCACCGCAUUUCAGAGCGUCUAAGCGGCGCGCAAUUGGAUAAAUUCUGCAUCGACUACGGCCGCGCAUCCAGGUAUGUGCGCUGGAAGUCAAUCGACGCACACCUACACAUCAUCGACUACGCGCCACUGGCGCGCCAUUUCAACAUCCCGGUUGAAGGGCAGAAGCUGUUCAUCGACGGACGGGCGCUAGAAAAUGCGGAGCAGACGAUGCAGGAGGCAUGCGUCAAGCACGGCGACGUUGUAUACGUCGGAUACGCGCCAGCCGUGCCGCUCACGCCCGGGUUGAUGCGGUCGAGACAGAUGUCCCAGAUAGACAACGACCGUGCCAGCACGAUCAUGCAGACACUGAAACCCGGCUCACUCGAGCUCGAGGCCAUUCGAGACAUGUCCCCCGAUGUGCACGACGCGGUGCUCACCAAGGACCUCGAGCAAGUCGUGGCGGCCCUGAAGAAGCAUCACCGCCUGGAGAUCGACAAGCAGCGCGACCGCCAGGCGAAGCUCUUCCGGGCGUACCUGAACCCACUAACGCCGGAAUCGCAGCAGGUGAUACACGAGGAGAUAAGUCGCAACCGCAUCGACGAGAACCUGGCGCACGCCCACAGGUACCUGCCGGAAUCCUUCGCCAGGGUGUUCAUGCUGUUCGUAUCUACCCAGAUUAACCAAGUGACAGUGAAGGCGUUGGUGGACACUGGCGCCCAGGAGACGGUGAUGAGCCUAGAGUGCGCUCAGCGAUGCAAUCUGCUGAGCCUGGUGGACCGGAGGUACCACGGUGUGGCGGUCGGCGUGAGCCAGAGCCGCAUUGUGGGCAAGAUACACCUCGCGAACCUGAAGAUAGGCGAGACCCACAUCCCCUUUUCGUGCGUGUUGAUCGAGUCCCUGCACAUGGAUUUCAUUCUGGGGCUCGACCUGCUGCGGCGACACCAGUGCACCAUUAACCUCGCGAGCAACUCCAUGCAGAUCUGCGGGGUGACGGUGCCCUUCCUCCCCGAGUACGAAAUCGACCAGCGGCCCUUCGCUGCGCCCGCGGCCGACGUGCCCCGCGAGGUGGGGACGGCCAUCAAUUCUUCGUCGAGCGGAGUUGCGUCCUCGGGCGGCGGGUCGACAUCCCUCACCUCCACCGUGCCCGCGAGCAGCGACCGGGUGAUAUCCCGUGAGGACGCCACACGGUGA